CUUCAGCUUCGUUUUUUUCCGCCAUUCUCUCUGAAGAAACUCUUUCUCUUAAAAAAACCAAAGUCUCUGUCUCUGAAAAAUCAAAGCUUUGUUCUUCCCUGAUAGAUAAGGGUUUGUGAUUAAACAACAUCUCUUCCCUGAAGAUGAAAAAAAAAAAGAGAAGCAGAAGUGUACGCAGCCGGAAUAUAUCUAUUUUCCAUAUAGAAACAUUAGUGUGUCUGUUCAUAUGAGUAAGUUAACAUUGGAAUUCCCUCACAUGGACAAACAUAAAACAGAUUUGAAGAUGUUGGAGAACAUGUUGCAUUCAAGGUUGGGUCUGGCUGAAGAAGAAAUAGUGCACUUAUAUUACACACCUGAUGAUCCAUGUUUGCCAGUAUCUUUGGUAACAAAUGAUGACUUCAUUAAGUUUUGGGACAAUUCUGUAGCUGAUGAUAAAGAUUUUAUACAUCUUGUGAUGACUACAACUAACUCUAAAUUUGAAGAUGAUGACUUCUUGAAUGAUGCAAUGGAACCUCCAGCGAUAACAAUUGAUUAUGAGACACCAAAGAAGAUUUGGAAGAUGAAUAAGAAGCCAGUUUCAAAGGAAAAGCCAAAGUCACCUAGGAGGUCACCAAGGUUUCAAGCCUCUUCUAAAGUGCAAAACUCAGAUCAACAAGGACCAUCAAGGAAAUUAUGUUUUGUGGAUUUGUUAAAUAUAGUGGAGAAUAUGUCAUGUUUGAGUGAAGCUAGUAGAGUAGGAACUAAUACAACACAAGGUAGCAGUCAACCUAGUCAAGAGAAGUUUAAUCAUGAUUACUGGGUUAAUAUAACACAAGGAAGUAGUGUGGACAAUGAAGCAACUGUACAUGAAGAUGAGGACAAUGUGCAGAUAGAGAACACUGAUUUAGAUGAGUGUAACCCAGUUGAAGAUCCAGAUGCCCCUUUAAUCUUUGAUAGUGAUGAAGACAAUGAGAUUGGUUAUGAUGAAUAUGUAAAGUCAUAUAAAGUACCAGAUUACAAUGAGGAAUCAAGUAGCAGUGAAGAUGAAGAUGGUAGUGGUACUGAAAUUGAAGACAAAGAUGGUGGUGAUCCUGAAGUUGAAGUUAAAGAUAAUGGUGGUCCUCAAGUAGAGAUUGAUAAAGCUGGUGGUAAACCAGGUUGGCACAAUAGAUACCAACCAGAUAUCAACAACAUUGGUGAGGAUGAUGAUCCAUCUUUAUUCCCUGAAGAAGAUGAAAUACCACAAGUGAACCCUGAUAAGAUGUUGGUAAAGUAUGCUUUUCAUAACAAAAAACAAUUUAAAAAGCAUCUUAAAAGAUUUUCUGUCAAAAAUAAUUGGCAGUUCAAAUGUAAAAAGAGUUGUUCUAAGCAAGUUAGGGCUCAUUGUAGGUUUAAAGAUGACUAUGAUUGUAAGUGGUGUGUAUAUGCUAGUAGAGUUGAUAAUGAGUCAACUUUUGUUGUUAGAAGUGUAAACUUGGAACACACAAAAAAGGUUUUAAUAGGUCUGCUGACCCUGAACUUAUAAAAGAUGUUGUAAUUGAAAAGUUGAGACAGAGUUCUGGGUCUUUCAUACCAAAGCCCAGGAAUAUUCUAGAAGACUUUGCAAUUACUCAUAACAUCAAGAUUCCCUACAUUUGUGCAUGGAAAGCUAGGAAUCUUGUUUUAGAAGAAUUUUUUGGAAACUAUGAAGAAAGUUAUGCUGAAGUUCCUAAGUUCUGUUCAAUGGUGUCCAAGACUAACCCAGGAUUUGUUGCCAAGUUUACAUAUGGAAGAAAAGAUUUCAAGUUUGAGAGCAUGACAAUAUCAUUUGCUGCACCAAUGAAAGCCUUUCAGGAGUCUUGCAGAGGUGUUGUAGGAUUUGAUGCAUGCCAUCUAACUGGCAAGUGGGGUGGUGUCUUAAUGGCCGCAACAACACUUGAUGGCGAGAAUAGAUUAGUGUCUUUAGGUAUUUCAGUGGUUAGAAGUGAAACCAAAGAAAACUGGUUACAGUUCCUCAAAGACUUGGCACCAGGGAUCUUAGCUCAUCAUAGUGGCAGAGUCACUUUUAUAUCAGAUCAGCAGAAAGGUUUGUUGAAAGCAGUUGCAGAGGUUUUUCCUGGUUCACCCCAUAGAUAUUGUUGGAGGCACAAUUACAAGAAUCUCAAAAAAUACUAUAAGUCCCCAACCUUGCACAACUCAAUGUGGAAUGCUUCCAAAUGCUGCAAGAUAAGGCAUUUUGAGGUUUGUUUCUUUUGAAUUGCUCUGUUUUACAUUUGUAGGGUAGUAAUGUAACAAAAUACUAAUGUAGAAAUAUUAAUGUAAGAAAAUAUGGUUGCGAUGUACAAAGAAAAUGAAGCAGCUGCACAGUAUCUUAUGAAACAAGGCUGCCAAAAUUGGUCUAGGGAAUUUUUUGAUCCUAUUAGUUGUUGUGAGCAUCUCAAUAACAACUUCUCUGAGUCUUUAAUUUCAAUGAUUUCUGAACUGAGAGACAAACCAAUAAUCAUUCUUGGCAUGUUGUAUGGUGAGUUGGUGAAGAAACUAUUUACUAAGAGGAGAGAACAAUGUACAAAGUGGAAAUUUGGAGAAUUGGUUCCUAAAGCUAAGGACCUUCUCAAAAAAAAUGCUUGAUAUUAGUGAAAAAUUUCAUGUUCAAGGUAGUGUGGUUGGGGAGGUCUAUUUGGUUACCAACAGGUCCACCGGAAAAAUUUUCACAGUGAAUAUAAUAGAGAAGCAAUGCACUUGUUUGCAGCGGCAGUUUAGGGGAUUCCCCUGUCAACAUGUUGUGUCUGCAUUGAAGACAAUCUCACCAAAUUGGGCAGAGUACUGCUCUCCUUACUAUUCAGUGGAUUGUUAUAGGACCACAUAUGUUCCACCUGUUUUCCCUUUGGAAGACAUAGCUGACUAUCCAGAUCGACCAAUGGAAAAUAAGAUCUUACACCCUCCAAGCCCAAGAAAGCAUGGCAGACCUACAUCAAAGAGGAGGAGAAGUUAUGAUGAACCUCAAGCUGAGGUGAGGAAAAUGAGGUGUACUCAGUGUGGAUCCACAGAUGGUCACAACAAGAGAACUUGUAAAGGUGGUGAUGUAGGUAAGAAUCAAACUGGAUAUAGGCCAAGAACUGAGUGUGAUGCUGCUAACUUCUCUUUCACAAACACAAAUAGAGGUGAAACCAGCACUGCAAGGGGUAAAGCAAAGAAGCAAGGGAGCAUCAUAUGUUGGUGAGUCUUCCUCUCAUGGACUACCACCACCAGUACCAAAUACUCAAAGAUCUACAUCUGCAGGACCUAGCAACACCCAGAAUUUCAGUCAAUCCUUUGCUGGUAUAGGAUAUAUGGCUCAAAACAUUGCUACUGUCACAAAUGCCAAGGGAAAGGGAAAGAAGAAGUAAUGUGUGUGUCUGUUUUACCUUGUUGUUGGAUUUGUGAUCCUUUGUAUUUUGUUACUCUUCUGAUUCAAGUGCUUUUUGAGUAUGAACUUGUUUAGUGAUGACAAAACAAUGUUUUAUGGAUUAUUUCAAGUACCUUUUAAUAUUAAUCAAGUUUAUUGAAUCAAA